GAAGCAGAACCUAUUAUUAAAAAUAAUAAUGAACUCAAUACUUCAAUUUUAUUACAAGCCAAAGAAUGUAUUAAUAAUGAGUCAAAUGUAAACAUCUCUAUUGGAAAAGCUAAAGCAAAACAUAAUGAAACUUACCAAGAAAUGUCUUAUGACUUAACAGUGACAAAACCUCAAGUUUUAGUUGAACCAGUAUUCGAAACAAAAGAAGAGACUUUAUAUGUAAGAAGAGAGAAAGAUUUAAAGUACCAUACAGAAGAGUUUGAACAAGACUUUAAUCUCAAUUUAAAUCAAGACGAAUCUGGUGUUGUGAUACAUGAAAUUACUACUUCUGAUGAAGAAAUCGAAAAUAGCAUCAAUAUGGAGAAUAGAAAUGAAGCAAUGGAUGUAUCCCUUGGAUUUAAUUUAAAAUCACAAAUACAAGAUGCUUCCCAAGAUGUUUAUGAGUCAUCAAUAUUGGUGAAGCGAAGGAGUAAAGGAUAUGAUUCAAAUCAAGAGUCUGCAGCACUAACUAUAUUUAGAAAAGAAGAUUUUGAUGAAGAUAUUGAAAAUUAUGAUGAAGGCAACUUAAAUAUCAACAUGACAAGUGGAUAUUCAAGAAAAGAAUAUGCUGGUGAUACUGAAAUUAUUUCACAAACAUCGGACUUUGAAUCUCAAAGUCUACGUGAAGAUGUUAUUAGUAAAAAGAGUGUUGGUAAGAGAAUAUCAAAAACAAAUGCCCAAUCACUUAAUAUAGAACGUAAGAAAGAGGCACAUCAAGAAAUUACUGACAUCAGUAACACGAAUUUAGAUAUAAAAGCUGCUAAAUAUCAAAUAGAAACAAUCGAAGGUAGUUUUGAAACAUCACUAAAAGCAAGUUUAACUACACAAGAAAAUACAUCAUUGAAUAUCCAAGAAUAUGAUUCUACUAUCAAAAACAAAUCAAAAUUAACAUCUCUCAAAACAAAUAUCAAACGAGAUGAAAUUGUAGCGUCACAAAAUGCAGAAAUUAACAAAAGCUCAACUGAUGAAUCUCCCACUACACCACCGACACCGUUAACAGACGAAUACAUAUUUAGACUUGUAGCACCAUUACCUAAAAGCAGAGGAACUACACCAGUUCCUGAACCAAGUCCUGUAAUAAACAGAGAUGAAAAUACAGUCAAAAAUCUUGUACCAAACAUAGAGUCAGUGAAAAUUGAAAGGGUAGUUUACAAUCCACCUCUGCCUACCCCACCUACAAGCCCUGUACCCGCUUACACUAAACCAGGUUUAAAUGGUGGUAUGAAACGACUGCCAAGAUAUUUUAAACCAGGCUUAAGAGGUGGAUCUGACAGACCUCCAAUACCUAAGGAGGAAAUAAUAGAAGUACGAAAAAAUUUAUCAAAUCUCACUUCAGAUAUAAACGAAACUUUAAAGAACAUAGAGAAAUAUAAAAAAAUUGUUGAAACAUUAAAACAACAAAAAGCUGAAGGUGAAAGUUCUAUAAUAAUGGAAGAUGAAACGGACAAACAGACAAAACCCGAAGAAGUUGAAGACACAAAGGACGCUGAAGAGAAGGAAACAUCACAACAGACUACAAUAGAAAAAUCUAUCAACGAACUUCAACCAGAAGAAAUUGCAGGCACAAAAGAUGCCAAUGAAAAGGUAACUUUAGAACAGACUAAAACAGAAAAACCUAUCCACGAACAACCCAUAAAAUCAACUACACAACAAAAUUCCGAAACGAAUAAUUCUGGCGAAAUCAAUUUAAAUAAUAACAAAACUAUUAACGUAGAUAUAAAACAUGAUUUUGCAAAUAAAAUUGAAGAAGUAAGAAUCAAAGGUUACGAUAUCAAAGAGGUAACAACUUUCGAAGAGAUUGAAAAAGAAUAUGAAAACACUGGCAUAGUAGAAUUGGCACCAGACACAGCUGGCGAGGAGUCUAUUGAAAAGGAAUUUAACAUAAUUAAAGAAGAUUUAGAAUCUGAACAACCUAAAGCCAUGAUUAAAAUAAAAAUAGAUGAGGAAAUAGAACAAAAUGAAGACAAAUUAGAUGUAACAUCUGAUGAAGAACAAAAAGCAGUUGACGAUGAAGUUGCGAGAGUUACAGGAUUAAAUGCAGAUAGAAAGAUAUCUGAAGAGAUAAGUCCUGUAGAGACAAGUCCUAGUGAAGCAGAUACAAUCAAAGAAGCCCAUAUUAUAAGUCUAACUAGAGUUUUGUCUUCACAUAUGCUUCGCGAAGGACUAAGUCCAGAUUGUCAAAAGAUGAAGGAUAAAUUCGAGAAUAAAAAUUUACCAGAUGUAAAGAUAAAAGACGAUGAUAAAUCAUGGACGACAUUCUUACAGAAAUCGAGUAAUUUACAAACACAAAAAUUAGAACAUUUUAAGGAUUUACAGAAUAAAUUUGAAAAACAGGAUUUCAACUCGAGCCCUGUUCCUUGGCAAGAGAGAGCAUUUGCCGGUACAAUAGAUGCAACAUAUAUAAAAGAAUUAACACCAGGAGAUGGACCACAAUUCUUUCUGGCUAUACCUACAGAAUCUAAGGAUGACGGUGUUUUGAAAUCUACAGCUUCCAGCAUCCCAGUUGCGGAUCAAUUAAGCCAGAUGAGAGAUCAACUAGAAAAGUUAGAACCAGUACCAGAUGAUAUUAAAGAAACAUUGGAAAAUGUAAUGGAAAAAUUGCAUCUAAUAAAUCAGAAAAAAGAAGAAACAUUACAUACAAAGGAAGUCAAAUACCAAAAAGUAUUAGAGCCAAAAGUGACAAAGGCCGUUGAAGUCAAUAAGAAGGAAGAACCACAGAUUAUAAAAGAAGAAACAAAAGAGGCAAAGGUUGUGAAAAUGGCGGAGACAAAAGGAGAAUUAUUGGUCAAAGAUAAAAAGCCUUUUGAACAACAAAUGCAAAAACCAAUGGCAUAUAUUAAUAGACCACAACAAAAGUUUGGAUGGAUGAAACCUGAACCACGACCUAUAAAACUCUUUGGUGGUAGACGAUGGAGGCGACCUGGUGAAGAAUACACUGAAGAACAAAUAGCAGAGACAAUUCUAGCAAAUUCUGAAUUAAUUCAAGGGAAAACUAUGGGGAUAAACUUUAUGAAGUACGAAAAACCUCCUAUACCCCUCGACCACCUGCAGAAUUCGGAGGUUUACAAAAUGAUACACAACACGGAGCAAACAGCGCAAAAGCCUGUUGAAUUACUUCGCACGGUUAUUGCCGAGGCUGAUUAUAGAGAGAGAUGUCGUUCAUUAUCGCCUUGUCCGCCGGAAUCCAGUGUAGAAUAUAAAUCGACCUUUUAAAUGUUUAUAGAGUUAUUUCUUUAUUUUUGUCAUUUGUAUAGAAUUAUUGACCAUCCUAC